AUGAGCUCCGAAGAUCCUAUCCAGCACGACUCCGGCGGCCAUAUCAUCUCGCCAUCUUAUGGCUACUGGCCCACGCAAUGGGUGUGCUACACCUUCGUCGUGCUCUUCUUCGUCACUACUCUCCUUCAUCUGGGGCAGUCGAUUCGAUACCGUAUGUGGUGGCUCCUCCCAACGGCGAUGCUCGCCGGCAUCGGAGAGGCCAUCGGCUGGGCCGGGAGACUGUGGUCAAGUUACGAUCCCCUCAACGGCAACGGCUUUCUCAUUCAAAUCGUGUGCACGAUUAUAGCCGCAACUCCGCUCGUUGGCGCACUGUUCAUCACCUUCGGGCGUGUCGUCGUUUGUUUGGGCGACCAGUACAGCCGGCUGCCCUCCGCUCUCUACUCCAAGGUCUUUUUCACAAUCGACUUCGUGGCUCUUUUGGUUCAGUCCACUGGAGGUGGGAUUGCAGCGACCGCCGGCCCUGAUCACGCUAGUUCCCAGUUGGGUUCAAACAUCAUGCUGGCGGGCAUCGUCUUCCAGCUGGCCUCCCUCACCGUGUUCUGUGCGCUCGUGAUUGAGUACGUGUGGCGAUACUACGAAGGGCGUCCUCUGCGCCCCUCGCUAGUGCGCAUGUCGAGCGGCGCCUCUGGUGGCACGUCCUCCAACAAGCCUCGCAUAAUCAAACCCCUCAAGAUGUUGCUUGUCGGGCUGUCGGCCGAGACGACCUUCUUGUACAUUCGUGCGGUAUACCGGACGAUCGAGCUCGCGGACGGCUUCACCGGCAAGAUCAUCCGGACCGAAGUGUGGUUCAACGUCUUCGAUGCCGCAAUGGUCGUCCUCGCCAUGUACACGCUGAAUGCGUGCCACCCCGGGCGGCUGCUGGGAAAGGCUGCGAAGGUCCAUGAGGCUGCUAUGCCGCUGGUGACCAAGAACUCGCGCCGCGUCAACACCGUGGUGUAG